AGCAGCCUCAGCGUUUCACUUCCGCGUGAGCAGGGUGCUGUGUUUACAACCCCAUGGCGGCGAUUAAACAUUAUUACUUUAUUUAUUUCACAUUAUCUCAAGUAGUCUGUUGUGUGGAUGGAUUCAUGUGGAAUGGGGACACUUUCAGACGGAAGGUGUCAUUGGAGAUGAACCCUGGGUUAACCCCGCCCUCAGUGGUGCCCCCCGGGGUCUCGAUGCUCCACGCACGUGCCCUCGGCCACAACGACACACUGCACUUCCUGUUCUGCAGCGGUGGAGCCCCGGCCCUGCUGCUGAUCCACACACACUCCACCGAGUCUGUGGUGGAGGUGAACUGGGACAAGUUCAUCAGCGCAGACCCUACCGGCAGUGUGAAGGUGGCACCGGAGAGCAGUGUGCAGUACCGAGGCGCUCUCGUCUUCACCCGCUUGUGGGAGUAUGACGAGUUGAACAGCACGGGGCAGAGUGUGUUGUCUCCGUAUGAGCUCCAGGAGUUUGAGUGGGACGAUAUGAACAAGACGACGGAUUACACACACCACGCUGCAGAGCUCUGUGGGAGACACCCCAGCUUCAGCAGCAAUGCCUCCCUGUGUCUACACUUUUCAGCAUACGAGUCUUCGGGCCGAGAGGAAGCAUGGCCUAGUCUCCUACAUAACGCCAACUCCUCCCAGCUGCGCGUCUUGUUGAGAAAUAUGACUCCGCGAACAAACCAAUCACAUUUUGGCCUGGAACUCCAGACAGUGAGCGAGGCGGGGCUUCAGACCCGAGUCGACGUCCACAGGUCCAUCGAUGAUGAAUACACGCCCUCCAUCUUCCAGGUGUCAGAGUGGGUGUGGUCUCAUGAUAACUCCUCCUCCGUGGUGGGAUUCUCUCAGUGGAAGCCCGUAGUGUAUCAGAAGAUUCAGCCUGCUAUCGAGGACGCAGCGCCUUGCAGCCACUCAGAACCUGUCGAUCUACCUCAAGCUCCGCCCUCACGCAUCAUCCUGGCCUAUUUUACCCAGAGUUCCCUCACACACGGCCUCAACGUCACCUUCAAUGUGACCUCUGAACCUGCCAAAAACUCCACCCAGUACCUUAGCUGGACCAUGCUGGCGGGAAUCGGGACUCCUCCGUCAGAAUUCUUCUCUUCACUGGUGAUCGCCAUCAUGGCCGUCGGUCUCGGCACUCCUCUCCUCCUCAUCCUGGUGGGCGGAGUUUUCAUCUGUAUACAUAAAAGGAAUCAGGAUACGUUCAGCCAAUACGAAUCCAUCAACUGAGGCUGGCGGCUGUGACACAAGCCACGCCCGUAUGUAAUAACUGAUCAUUUUAACUGACUAUAAGUAGCAAUCAACCGAAGCAGCAUACUGCAAGCCCCUCCCACAGUGACUUCUGAGUUACAUGUUAACUUUUUGUUUUUGGUUUUUACAGUAAGUCUAUAUUCUGAAUAUUAAAUAAUGACUUCUCAGUUUUUUUGGAAUAAUGUUGCAAUAAUAAAAGUCAAUUGAUAUGGUGUUCUAAGCCCCGCCCACUUGUGCAAACUAACUAUUGUACAGUUUAAUGACCAGACAAACAGCGACUCACAAUCCACUAGAAUUUAUUGUGUAUAAUUUCUCACUGACCUCAGCAUAAUAACUGACCAAUGAUGAAUCACGUCAUAACUGAACCUCAACCGAGAUGUGUAAUAUGUAAGCCCUGCCCAUGUUUGUACUGACCAAUGAGAAGUCACGAAGACAAGACAAACAGCCAUAACAGCAGCUCUGCUACAAAAUAUAAUCAGUAAAAACCACGACAUGCCCAACCUAUCUGUGCAAUGUAAUAUGUAGCCCCGCCCCUGUACAAACCAACCAAUGAGAAGUCAUGAUUUAAUAACUGCUGAUAGUCUGAAAACUGACCAGUGAGAUGGAAGGGUGUAAUAAUUGACAGUAUCAAUCAACUGAGACGAUGUAACGUGUGUAGCCCCGCCCACAGGUGGGAAAUUACCACCAUCGAAAAGCUACAAUGUAAAAAACUGAGAGCUGAGAAGGAAUAGUGUAGUAACUGGCUUUGAUAUAAAUCAGCUGACAUAACAUAAAAUAUGUAGCCCCGCCCAUGUGUACAAACUGACCAAUGAAGUCAUAUGGAGAGGUCACUCAAGCUGGACGUCCAAUCACAAUUCACUAUCAUUGUAGUUCAAAUUAACGUGUCACAAUCUGUCUCCUUGGUGGAGUUUAUAUAAUGCUUGUUUAUGUUAACUGACCAAUCAGACGUCAUCUUUGUGUCUGACUUAGUGUGGGAGGGGCUUAAUGAGCUUAAUGUACCUGCUGAAUGCUUUCUCAGAAACACAGUAAUGGUGCCUGAAGUGGAGCCAGAACCGGUGCUUGUUGAAGGGAUUAGAGAACCCUUUUAAGAAGUGAUUUAAGAGUCAAACCAUCAUGUUGCUGGAUGUGGGCGUGUCCUAACUCAGAGUGUAGAACUUUAGCAAUGUAGCUCUUACGCUGUUGAUUUUCACCUUGGAUCAUUGAGUAAUGGUUGCAAAUUUAAAAUAUUUAGGUGUUAUGUAGUUGCUCAGGUUGAUACCACAGUGUUAAAAAUGACCCCGCCCCCUAGCCUCCUGGAGAAGUGACCCGAGACCUGGUGCCUUUAUGGUGAAAGGCGAUGGAACGCUUCAGAAUUAGAUGCUAGCACCUUGUUAACGGGAACUCGCAGGGAAUCUUUAUCAUGUGUGUUGUGAAUGUGUGAAGCCUUGGUUCUGAUCUCUCGCUCUUCUGAUGUUCACAUCAUCACACUGGGAUUCUGUUUCUGUUGUAAUGUUCUCACAGAAGGAGCACGUACAGUAAAAUGUCUUGUCCCACACUGCUGCUGAGUUCUGGACUGUGAUUGGGUCUGAAGGUGUUGAUUAGUUUUCUAUAACAGUAGCGCAGGUUUAUUUUGAUGCACUCGUUCUAAUAGGUUGUUGUUUCUAUAGUAACAGCUCAUUCACAAGGACUGAUGACGUUUCGGAUCAACCUCACUGAUUUUCAGAAGCGAAAGAGAGACUGGAACAUUUCUGCACUAAAUCAGUCUCAGGGAUUUUACACUGUGCUUCACAGCCUCAUCGACUCGCACGCAGAUACGUCUUACAUUCUAAACAGCUUUACUGCUGGAGAUCUCAAUUGUUGUAGGGAUCUACACAGAACCUUUUAAUGGUUCCUACAGCAGGAGAAACUGACCAACCCUUCUGAGUGCUAGACGGAACAAGCUGCAGCAGAUGGAAAUGGAACUGCAUCAACAAAACAAAUGUGCAACGCAGCAUCCCUCUCAAUUCUUUCCCUUCAGUUUCUCCUUUCUCAGUUUUAUAUUAUUGUGUAUUAUCAUGUAUUAUUACUAUACAUAUUGUAUAUUAUUAGAUUUCUUUGUGACAAAAUGGCAUUUUGUUUAAAAACACUUCAGAUUUCAGGGAAAACAGCUUAAAGCUGCAUUAUACUUUUAUUAGCACUUUUUUUUUUUUGAGUUUAUUUUUAUGGACACAGUUUACAACUGGACCCAGAAAUGCCUUGAGAAAAGACCGGUGUUGACUUUGUAAGAUACAGACCUGACCCGAGAGUAAUGUGUAUUAUAAGAUUUGUAUGAAUGUGUCUUUUGAAUCUGAGGAAGUACAAUUAAUAAACGUGAUGUUUGAGACAGUC